AUGCUAGAUCCUGAGGGCAGUGUGGAGCACAAGGCUUCCUCUUCCUUCCCCAAAGUUUUCCUCAUCCCUCUAGCCAUGCUCCUUGCAAUAGCAGCGCUCUUGCUCUUAGCCUUUUCCGCUACUCAGCAGAAAGAGACUGAUUUUUACACUUUCAAAGUUGUAAACAUCAGGGGCAAGCUAGUCUCUCUGGAGAAAUACAGGGGCUCGGCAUCUCUAGUUGUCAACGUUGCAAGUGAGUGUGGAUAUACAGAUAGUCACUACAAGGCCUUACAACAGCUACAGAGAGACCUUGGCCCAUACCAUUUCAAUGUGCUGGCAUUCCCAUGCAAUCAGUUUGGGCAGCAAGAACCAGACAGUAACAAAGAAAUUGAGAGUUUUGCACGGAAGACUUAUGGUGUCUCCUUUCCUAUGUUCAGCAAAACUACUGUCAGUGGUGUCGGUGCAAUUCCUGCCUUCAAGUACUUAAUUGAUUCCACAGGAGAAGAACCAACUUGGAACUUCUGGAAAUACCUGGUGGACCCUAAUGGGAAAGUAAUAAAGGCCUGGGACUCUACUGUCUCUAUUGAAGAAAUAAGACCUUAUGUUACAGAACUUGUGAGGAAAAUCAUCCUGAAGAAGAAAGAUGAAUUGUGACUUUCAAAAGUUCCAGCAUGGCAGUUACAUCGUUAUUGAGAAUCAGGACUGGAAUUUGUCUUUUCACAUUCCAGAAGAGGGAAUAUGGAGAAAGAAAAUCAUGACUAAGGGAAUCUAUAUUCACCAUCUUAAGAAUACAAGAUAGUAAGUUCAAAUGGUCAAAGCAAUUUUAGUCUCCAACUGAACUCAUUUUGACCUUUCUGGGAAAGAAGACUCAUGGGCAAUUGUUUCUUUUCUAGUUCAAAUUAUUGAUUGUUGAUAAGACAGUUAGCAUAUCUCUAGGAUGAAGGCUGAGAAUAAUUAUAAAUUCCUUAAAGAGAUCUCACUGUCACCUACAAUUCUCUUCUCACAUUUUGAUCAUGAACUGAAUUAAAAAAGAGUAAAGAACAUGAUUGAUUUAGUGUAUACCCUAGGGCAAAAGCCAAAAUAGAUACUUUUAGAUCAGACAGACCUAACAGAUUUUUGUCUUUCCAGUUACCGAGGCCAAACACAAUUCAUUUCAUCUGCCCGGGUAGUUAAUUAGGAAGAGCACAAGGAAAACUUCUUUAUAAAACUGAAAUGAAAGAAAUAUGAAGUCUCUUCAAAAAUUCUCCAAAAACUAUGAGAAGAAUCUCUACAUUCUUUCACUCAGUAAAGAUUAUCAGAUGAUAUUUAAAUAGCCCUUUGAACAUCUAUAGGAUCAGAGCCUAGAGAAAAUGAACAUUUCUUUCUGAUAUAAUCAUUUUGCCUUAGAAAAAUUAUUCUCACAUCAUACAGUCUGGUUAAGUUUAUGUUUUCUAUUCAUAACAUCAUCUGAAUUUGCUGCAUGUGGAGACAAACAUUAGAGAAUUGAUAUUUCAACAAGGAAAUCAUUUUUUUCAAAUAUUUAAUGUUACGUUGU